AUGACAGUUAAUGUUGAUGGCUACAAUGACAAGAAGGAACUACAACUGAGGAACCUGAUUCUAGGCAACCGACCACACUUAGUUGUCAUUACAGAGACAUGUACUACUCUGCACAGAGCCAUAUAUGGGAGUCAGUAUACAGUCAUAGGGAAGGCAGGACCAGCAGAUGGAGUAGCCGUAAUGAUAAGGCAAGAUGUGCAAUACCGGAUAACCACUAAGACCGCAAGGACAGUCUCCGUUGAACUGGAUGGGCUAGUUACCUGCAUAGGCACUUACGGGCCCACUGAACAGACCGCCGACAAGAUUAAAGCACAGUACUGGGAGCACCUAGCAACAAUGAUAACUGCGGAUAGGCCGCUACUGAUUGCUGGAGAUCUCAACGCCGGACACGAAAAGACGGAACUGAGGACGGUUAAAGGUAUACCCAACUACACCCGACUGCAAAGGAUGGUCCAACACCACGACCUUACCAUACUUCCGACCCCACCCACAUGGAUAUCGAAGAGAUCCAAAGAUCACACCCCAAGUCGAACACUUGACCGAAUGCUAAUCAACACCAUACCACCUAAUGACGACAAAGGGGUUCUGCUGGACUGGGAGAACGCCCCUGCAGAUCAUGCCAUACUAAUAUACAAAUGGGUUAUACACUCACUUAACUACAACCGAGGAAGACCGAUGAAUCAGCAUUUUGUGAGGGAUUAUAUGAACCCUACUACCAAAGCCUGGCUUUGUUUAAGGCAGAAACUUAAACUCCACUUUAAGACACAGCGAAUUCAAACCAACAGACAGCCUAACGCGUACCAGAGACUAUGGGAGCAAUACAGGAAACAGAAUGGGGAAGUAGGCCUAACGUUGAUUGAUCUAGAUGGUAAGGAUAUGGACCCGGAGCAGGCCAGACUGCAACUACGGCAGAUGUUGCAUCAGAGAUGGAAUCAGACUGAUGGCAAGUACAUACCACUUAGGAAAGAGGCCAAGGUCUACAUAGAUCAACCACCUUGUACCCAGGAAAUUGUUGCUGCGAUGAAGGCCAUCAAUAAGAAGGCCGCUACAGGCUUGGAUGGCAUACCGGCUCGAUAUGUUGACACUAUACCGAUUGAAGACCUUGAAGAUUUUACUGAACAGGUAUGGAGGCACACGAAGCUGCCGAGACAGCUGGUCGACAUGAAGGUGAAACCUAUACCGAAGGCACAACCAAGGGCCACUGUCGACAACACCAGACCUAUUACCAUUCCAUCGACCGUGAUGAAGAUAAUCAAUCAGAUUAUACUACAGCACAUCACACCCUACAUUGAACCACAUCUGCUGUCACAGCAACAUGCGUAUCGUAAAGGAAGGGGACCUGGCACAGCAGUUGUGGAACUCUUUGACAAGUUCAAACGACCCGGACAAACGCUGCUACUGCUAGACCUAUCAAAGGCUUUCGACACAGUGAACCACACCGCCCUCUUUGCAGCAUUAAGAGCUGCCGAUAUACCUGCUAAGGAGUAUAAUCUCAUCCGUGACCAAUACGUCGAUGCGGAAGUGAAGAUACAAUGGGCUAAGAGAUUUGCAGAACCCUUUGCACUGACAAAUGGGAUCAGGCAGGGGUGCACGCUCAGCACCACGCUGUUUAACCUUGUCGAGGCUGAGAGAGAGAAAAAGUGUCGGAGUAAGAUGCCAAGGGUGCAAUAUGAUGUUAUUAUGUAUGCGGAUGACAAGGCGGUGAUACUAGAGGAUACGGCUGAUGUCCAGAAAGUCCUGAACAUCAACCAACAGACGGCUGCGGAAUACGGGAUGUACCAGAAUGACACGAAAACAGUGCAAUUAACUCUUGAUCGUGAUACAAAAGAAAUACGAACGGCUAAGUGGAUGGGGAUCCUUUUGGAUACCAAAAUGAGUAUGAAUCCGGAGGUUGACUACAGGAUUAACAAAUCCAGGAAAGCAGCAAAGGGUUAUAUAGAAACGUUGAGGAACAUUCCGCCAUCGAUGAUCAAUACUAGGAUCAAGGUCAGUGGAGCAUGCUCAAUAAUACUACCACAUAUUGUUUACCUAUGGAGGGAGAUUCCCUUCACGGGACAGCAAAGAGCCGUACUGACUGACACCGCAACGCAACUGUUGGCUAGAGUUUUCGACAACACGAGUGGAGUAACGGCUACCUCUAUACUGCGACACGUUAACGAGAUAACCAAAGGACUAACGCCAAGAAUUAAAGAAGUGGCGGCUCUAGACUAUAUAAUACCAAAACAGGCACAGGAAGACGUGCAGAUGGACAACGGGAAGGAACGGACAUAA